AUGGCAUCUUACCCCGUCACAUACGUGCGCAGUCUCGAGGCAAAAGUCAAGUCUCUCGAAAAGGAAAUCAAUUCACUAAGAUCCGCGACAGGAAGAGAACUAGACUCUCGAGCGGAACUCAUAAAUCCGGAUACAAGUGAUAUUAAUAUUGCCCUCGGUCGUCAAGAGACGGAGGCAAACAGCACGAACUUGCUUUAUGAGCCCUCGCCUACCCAGCUGCCUCUCUUGCAGUCCUCCCUUUCCUUCGUCGAAGAGCUCAAAAUCCUCUCCUUCGAGGCAACGGCUGAUCGUCAUUUGGGAUCUUCCUCCGGCCUCUCCUUCGCCAAGCUGACACAAACCGUUCUUCGGCGUCUGAAUCCCGACAAGGCCGACUUUAGCUUCGCUCAUUUUGAACCCGAGGGUGGCAUGUGGCCGCAGUUGAACCUUCCCUCCUCGACUUCGGACCUCUUGGAUUCAACAUUGUUCAGUGGAUUCAGAGACCCUUUCAUGUGCUACCCUUCGAUGCUUGACGGGUUCUCCCCGACCGCGCCAACCGAGCCCAUCUCCCUUCCAGAGCAACAGGUCUCUCUUGAAGGCAGUCAUGUUGACCAGCUCAUACGUUUCUACUUUGCUCACUCGCAUACGCUAUACCCGAUCGUUCACCGCCAGGAGUUCAAUAAUAUACUGGAGCAUGUUCGAGCGGAUCCUCAGUGUGCUUUAGCUCAAUCAUCCCUCUGUCAAUUUCGCCUAUGGAUGGUCCUUGCCAUUGGAUCAACUGCGCAAUGCUCAGUCACCCUUUCAGAUGAGCACGAAUCAAUGAUGUACUACAAGAAAGCACUCGAGCACUUUGAGGGGUCUCUCGAUUAUGGAUACAUGCUUGGACCCAAUACAUGGACAUUGGUUGGUCUCGGUGCACGUAUGGCAAUUGGAUUAGGCAUGCAUGCUUCCUCAACCUACGAAGGCCUACCAGCCGACGUGUCUGAAAAGCGGAAGAGGCUCUUCUUUUCCGUUUACAUGAUGGAUCGCGUAGUAUCUAUAGCUCUAGGUCGCCCAUUCGCCAUCAAUGAAGAUGACAUCGAUGUGACGCCCUUCGCGGUGGAAUAUGAUAGUGACGUUGGGGCACAAAUUGAUCUGCCCGAGAACUCAUUUAAGCCUUCUAUACUGACCGUUCCUCUCCACAUCCUCGAGCUACGGCAGAUUGCCAGCAACAUCACGACUUCAGUCUAUUCGCACCGAAUGUCAGCCAGCCUCAAUGCCGAACAGCGCGAGGAGGUAUCAAACUCGCUCCACCAAAGACUUCUUAACUGGCGUCGCAAUAUGCCAUUUCCUCUUCCAAACACCGACGCCGCAGUGCCGCACCUCAACAGCAGCUGGUAUGACUUCAACUAUUAUCUCCACGUCGCCAUGUUGUAUCGACCAUCUCCGCUAUUCCCGACUCUGCCAGAACCCCGUGUCAAAUCUCUGGGGCAUAAAGGGGUUAUUGAAGAGGCUUUCUCACUCGGGCCUGUCCUCGCAACGACUCUGGCGUUACUGGCCUGCUAUGUCGCCUAUAAUGUUGCCUUCGGCACUGACAUCCCUCACAUCAAGGGACUUCCUCAAAUGCCUGGCGCUGUUCCAAUUUUUGGACAUCUUCUAAGGCUCGGCGAAGACCACGCGAGCACUUGCGAGAAUUGGUGGCGGAAAGGGAACCCAUCCACCUUCCAAAUUAAGCUGGGAAACACGAGAGCCGUAGUGUUCAACUCAUAUGAAGACAUCCGUCGUCUGCUCAUUGGCUAUCAGAAUGCAGUCAUUGACCGGCCGAAAUUGUACACCUUCCACGGUCUCAUCAGCAGUACGCAGGGCUUCACGAUCGGGUCGUCGCCCUGGGAUGACUCGUGCCGCCGGAAACGCAAGGCCGCAGGCACGGCGCUUGGAAGACCCGCCCUUCGGAGUUACUAUCCGAUGUUCGACCUCGAGAGCUAUUGCAUCCUCCGAGAUCUGCAUAAGGAUAGUCGCAACGGUGAGGUGGAGAUUAGCGUGCGACCGUAUAUCCAGCGAUAUGCGUUGAACACCACCUUGACGCUCUGCUACGGUAUUCGAAUGGACGCUGUCUACGAUGACCUGUUACGCGAGAUUCUGCACGUUGGUUCGGCAAUCUCGCUCUUGCGUAGUGCUUCAGAGAACACCCAAGACUACGUCCCCAUCAUGCGGUACUUCCCAAACAAUGAGAAGAGCCGUCGUUCUAAAGAUCUCAGGGAACGCCGAGACGCGUAUUUGAAUCUGCUUCUGGAUAAAGUGCGGGAGCAGAUCAAGCGGGGCACCGAUAAGCCCUGCAUUUCAGCAGCAAUUUUGAAGAACGAAGAAACUAAGCUUAGCGGGGUUGAAGUCUCAUCCAUCUGCCUGUCGCUUGUGUCCGGAGGAUUCGAGACGAUACCGGGGACUCUCACCUCGGCUAUCGGAUCCCUUGCCACAAAGGAGGGACAGGCCUGGCAGGACCGGGCUUACGAAGACAUCAAGCGUUACUACCCAGACGUGCGCGAAGCAUGGGCUUCCUGCUACGCAGAAGAGAAAAUUCCCUACAUCAACGCCAUUAUUAGGGAAGCUGGGAGGUACUACACAGUCAGUUCUAUGAGUCUUCCCCGAAAGACCGUCACCGAAGUGAAUUGGAACGGAGCCAUCAUACCCCCUAAGACAAUGAUCUUGGUCAACGCACAAGCCGGAAAUCAUGAUGUCAGACAUUUUGGUGAUGAUGCCGGUCAUUUCGAUCCUGAGCGGUGGCUUGAAAGUCUCAAUCCCCCAACAGAAAAGGAGAUCUCAGGCGUCGGUCACCUCAGCUUUGGAUUGGGUUCCCGCGGCUGCUCCGGGCAGUACAUCGCCCAGCGUCUACUAUAUGCGGCCUUGGUGCGGCUGCUAUCUUCGUACAAGAUUGUUGCAAGCGAAGAAGAACCUCCGAAUACUGACUAUGUCGAGUAUAACCAGUUCAAGACGGCUUUGGUGGCGAUCCCGAAGGACUUCAAGGUAAAGCUCAUCCCCAGAGACACCCCUGUGACGAGUGAUUGUUUGAGAGCUGCGGAGGAGAGAACUAGGGAGCAUUAUGUAGAGCAAGGCAGUUGGGAUACAUCCAUGCACGUCUAG